AUGUUAAUCCACCACAUAACGAAGAGGAGUUUUCCUAGAAUCAUACCGCGAUCGUUAUCUUCCCCCCUCAUACGACACCCCAACUACUCCACGCAAUCAACUCCCGCCACUGCUAGCACCCCAGCCACCAAACAAAAACUAGCCCAACUCAAUAUAGAAUCAUAUCGAAAACAAAUCCAAGAUCGAAUCGCCAAAAUCCCCAUUGAGAACUAUCGUAACUUCAGUAUUGUCGCUCAUGUCGAUCACGGAAAAUCCACCCUCCUGGACCGACUUCUAGAACUCACAGGUGUAAUCCAACCUGGAGGAAAUGCCCAAGUCUUAGACAAGCUCGAUGUGGAAAGAGAACGUGGGAUUACAGUUAAAGCCCAAACCGUGUCCAUGAUCUAUCAGGACCCAACUAGCAAAGAAGACUAUUUGUUACAUCUUGUAGAUACACCCGGACAUGUUGAUUUCCGUGCUGAGGUGAGUCGAUCAUAUGCAAGUUGUGGUGGGGCUCUAUUGUUAGUGGAUGCCACUCAGGGUGUACAAGCUCAAACAGUAGCUAAUUUUUAUUUGGCAUACAGUAUGGGACUUAAGUUGAUUCCUAUCAUAAAUAAAAUCGAUCUCGAUCUGGCUGAUAUUCCUGCAGCUAUGGAUCAGGUAGAACUGACGUUUGAAUUGCCAAGGGAGGAAUGUAUCCCCGUGAGUGCGAAGACUGGAUUGAAUGUCCAAGAUAUAAUUCCGGCGAUUAUUAGAGAUAUUCCGUGUCCAACUGGAGAUUUAUCCAAACCAUUAAGGGCCUUACUUGUCGAUUCUUGGCAUGACACAUAUAUGGGUGUGGUCAUGCUUGUUCAUAUCGUAGAUGGUCGACUCAAAAAGGGAUCAAAGAUCGGGUCCGCACAUAGCGGAAAAACAUACGAUAUUAAAGAAUUAGGAAUCAUGUAUCCGGAUCGUAUACCCAUGGACGAACUCAAGGCGGGACAAGUUGGUUAUGUCAUUCCUGGAAUGAAAAACCCAAGAGAGGCAUUGGUCGGGGAUACGCUAUUCCAACAUGGGAAACAAAGUCUUGGACUUGAAGCUUUGCCCGGAUUUGAGGAACCAAAACCCAUGGUGUUCGUGGGGGCUUUUCCUGCCGACGGGAAGGAAUUCAAGGCUAUGGAUGACCAGAUGGAGAAUUUAGUAUUGAAUGAUAGAUCUGUGCAUUUGGAAAAGGAAUCCAGUGAUGCGUUGGGAAUGGGUUGGAGAUUAGGGUUUCUUGGAUCAUUACAUGCGUCUGUUUUCAAAGAAAGAUUAGAAAAGGAAUAUGGGGCUAAGAUUAUUUUAACGGCCCCCACGGUUCCAUUUAAGGUAGUGUAUAAGAAUGGAGAUGAGGUGAUUAUUAAGAAUCCAAAUCAGUUUCCGGAACAUAAUAAACAAAUGGUGAAGACGUUGAUGGAACCAUAUGUGGAAGCGAUCAUGACGGUGCCGGAUGAGUAUGUGGGACAGGUUAUGUCAUUAUGUCUUGGGAAUAGAGGUAUUCAGAAGGAUUUGGAAUAUUUGACAACCGGACAAGUGUUGUUGAAAUAUGAGAUUCCGAUGUCACAAUUGGUUGAAGAUUUCUUUGGGAAAUUGAAAGGGGCAACUAAGGGGUAUGCAUCUUUAGAUUAUGAGGAAUGUGGAUAUAAAGAAGCUGAUAUUGGGAAAUUACAGAUCUGUGUGAAUGGAAUUCCACAAGAUGCAUUGACUACAAUUGUGCAUAGAUCUCAAGCACAGCAAAAAGGUAGAGAAAGCGUUGUGAAAUUUAAGAAAUAUUUAAAAGGGCAAUUAUUUGAGAUUGCAAUUCAAGCUAAAUUUAAUAAUAAAUCAGUGGCGAGAGAGACUAUUAAAGCUAGAAGAAAGGAUGUUACUCAGAAAUUACAUGCUGCUGAUAUUUCAAGAUAUAGAAAAUUAUUAGAUAGACAAAAGGAAGGUAAGAAACAAAUGAAGGCUACUAGUAGUGUUUCAAUUGGUACCGAUGCAUAUCAGGCAUUCUUACGUAAAGAAGAUUAA